ACCCCAUGGAAGCAGUCGAUGAGAGUGACCAGGCGGUGGAGGCGGGCCCUCUCCGCGGUUAUCCCAGAGCAACCGACGCCGUCGAGCAGGAGGACCCGGAUCUGGAGCAGGACCGCAACCGGGACCUACCCCUGGGACUGUGGGAGGGCGUCGCUGCCGUAAGCAGUCGCAAGCGACAGCUGAGCCGCUUCCACCCGUACCACGGCUCCAACAUCCAGCUGGGUGACGACGCCACCGUCGCCUACCGCAGAGCCAGCUUCGCCGACGCCCUCACCUUCUCGGAGCGCCCGUUGGCGCCGGGCGAUAUUUUCUUGGUGGAGAUCGAAAAGAUAGAACGCGGCUGGUCGGGCCACAUGCGCCUGGGCCUGACAGAACUGGCGCCCAAUGUGAUUCGCACUAGCAGCGAGGGACUUCCCCACUUCGCGCUGCCCGACCUCGCCAACCUGGGUAACAGUUGGAUCUACCCCAUCUCAAAGUUCGAGAUGAACCAGCGCCAAGAGGCCAACGAUAUCAUUGAGCCGGAGACGGAUGAAGAGCCACACAGAAACCUUCUGGGCGAUGCCACGCAUGUUAGGACGCCUCGCGGCCUGCUACCAAAGAGACUUCUUCGCCCGGCGAUGGGCAAUGGCAACGACUCGGACAUAUUGCUCACGGACCGGGGCUCUCGCAUCGGCAUCAUAUACGUGCCCACGGUCCAUAGUGCCUCGAAGGGCGAACUGCACUUCAUCAUCAACGGGGUGGAUCGUGGCCCCGUUUCACGUGACAUUCCGCUCAACAGAGCGCCUCUUUUCGUGGUUAUCGACGUGUAUGGCACCACUAAGCAGAUCAGGAUCAUCCAGCUGGAGGGCAUUCUUUCCCUGCAAAGCGCCUGCCGCAACGUCAUCCUGGAGAACUUUUCGGAGGACGUGAUUACCGAGCUGCCGUUACCGGAGAGCAUCAAAAGAUUCCUGCUGCGCCGCGAUUAGAGCCUAUUAGCUCUAUGCAAUAGGGCCCAGUGUGUGUGAAUGAGAGCUGCGUGUGUGAGGAAGUGUGCAUGAGCCUGGGUCGUGAUAGUCUGUUUACCUAUAUAUUUUUACGCGCCUGCAGCGCUGGUGAAGUGCCCGUUCAUUGACCUUUAUAUUUGUACGUUCUGUAGAUAUAUUUUGUACUUUGGUUUGAGUUACCAGUUCAAUACACACCCUGCCGGAACGCUUCUAUGUUGAGAAACAUAAUCCUCGCUAGCGUUUGUGUUUGUAUCACCCAGUGUUAGAGGAAGGUCACCAAGGGAUGCGUCCCUCCUGACAGCCCUGCCUUUUAGCGUUUCGGUCCCCGAGGCGAUUUCCGUUUCCAUUACCGUCUAAGUAAUAUUGUUGCUAAAUGUAAGUUAAGUCCACGUAAUAAAGGAUCGAUUAAAGUCGCUAUAACUGCUGAA